AUGCCUAGCAUCUUCAGCUAUCAGAGUUCCGAGGUAGACUGGUGUGAGGACAAUUUCCAACACUCGGAGCUGGUGGCUGAGUUCUACAACACGUUCAGCAAUGUGUCCUUCUUCUUCUUCGGGCCCCUUUUGCUCGUCCUGAUGCAUCCCUACGCCAAGCAGCGGUCCAGAAACAUCCAAGGGGUCUGCGUCCUCUUCAUGUUCAUAGGCCUGUUCUCCAUGUACUUCCACAUGACGCUCAGCUUCCUGGGCCAGCUGCUGGAUGAACUCUCCAUCCUAUGGCUCCUGGCCUACAACUACGGCUUGUGGAUGCCCCGCUGCUACUUCCCGGCCUUCCUGAAGGGCAACAGGUCCCACUUCUACAGGCUGGUCGUGAUCACCACAGUGAUCAGCUCCUUCAUGUCAUUACUGAAGCCCGUGGCCAAUGCGUACGCCCUCAACAGCAUUGCCCUGCAUAUCCUCUACGUGUUACACCAGGAGUACAAGAAGACCAGCAACAAGGAAUUAAGGCACCUGAUUGAGGUAUCCGUGAUUCUAUGGGCCAUUGCCAUGACCAGCUGGAUCAGUGACCGAGCGCUGUGUGGCUUCUGGCAACGGAUUCAUUUCUCUUACCUCCACAGCAUCUGGCAUUUGCUGAUCAGCGCCACCUUCCCCUAUGGCAUGGCCAUCAUGCUCUUGGUAGAUGCCCAGUACGAGAUGCCGGAGAAAAGCCUUAAGCUGCGCUACUGGCCAUGUGACACUUGGCCUGUGGGGGUGCCCUAUGUGGAACUCCCUGACAAUGGCAAGUGCUGCUGA